UUAACACAUUCUAUGGGAUCCUUAUCGGGCUCUUCCAAUCGGAACUCAACUAUUCAGGCAACAUUCCGUCUGACCCUCUUACCCCAACUGCGCCGUCUAAAAUGAACAGCCCCGGAAUUCCUACAAUCCCCCCUCAACAGGUGUUAUUUAAUUCAGAUCUGGUGUUCAUCCGUUCCAAUUACAAACGGAUAUGAGUCUCACAACUUCAUCUCUAUCAGUUAAUAACGACGGAGAGAUUUCUCCUGCAGAGAAACAAGUGACUUUAUGGGCAAAGAGGACAGGCCAAGCCUUGACCAGGCAACAACUGAGAGCCCUCACUCAAGUUCUGGAGAACAAUGAUGUCCAGGAUAUGGAUUGCUUGAGUUGGAUGUUACUUGGAUGGAGCCUCAGAGGAGAAUCUCAAUUGGAUGAGAUGAUAAACGUUCUGAACUCACUACAAUCGAAUGUCAGCACCUGUCUGGCCUCAAAUGAAUCUUUCAGAAAAGAAUCUUGCCAGCUUAUAAAGGGUUUGAAAGUGAAGCUUUCACAACAUGCCAUGGCUCCAAAAAAUCAGUUCUUGCAGCCUCCAAUUAUUCCCCAACCAGAACAGACCCUUAAUUUAUCAGGAACUCUUUUGACAAAGGAGAUGUCAACAAGUUCUGUACCAUCAGCAAAUGUUAAAACCAGUGGAAUGCCCAGCCUGAAAUCUCUGUUGAAGAGACAAGCGCCCAUGAAAGCACCUGCAGUUCCAAAGGCUGUUCCUUCAGUAUUAAGUGUCAAUGAAAAAAUGGCUGCUAUUGUAAACUCAACUGUGUCUGGGAAUUUCCAAGAUGGCACUUAUUCUCCUGAAGAUGUUGCCUCUUUCCUGGCUGCUAUGCGUAAGUCUGCUCUCUAGUUCGCUUUUUUUUACACUAAGCCAGAUCUUGACAGGGCAAUCUGGAAUUUUAUGAAGCAAAAUGGAUAUCCUGCUAAAAACAUAAGCAAAACUAUGCAUGCUCACAUUGUUGCAGAUGCACUGGCAGACUAUCUUCAGAAUGCUUCUAAGAACUGAACGCUUAAAUUUUCAGCUUUAAUCUUGAAAUAAUGUCGUCUUUUGCUUUUUAUUCUAACAAAUAUAGUGUGGCAACGUUGAUUUAGUGAACAGUUAUUACAUUAGAGUACACCUUACAUAUGCUUCUUUCAUGAUUUGUUUGCUUGUCGUGAUGAGUAGUUUUUUGAACACAU